CCCGGUCCCCACGCCCCCUCCCUUACCCUCUGGGCUCCAAAACAUCUCUGCCCUGACCCCGGUACUCUCAUAUCUGGCUUCCCAGUCUGUUCAUCCUUGGGGUUAAAUAUCACCAUCUGACACUUCACAUUUCAAAGUGGGGUGAGCAGUGUACGAUAUGAAGCCCCAAACACUUAGAAUGAUCUAGACUUCAGAUUGAUUUCUUCUGAGACCCUUAGGACACAGCAUGAAGAUUUGGGGUUUGGUGAGAGGGUGCUGCCUAAGGGUCAACGGGUCAAUGAAGCGCCGGGGAGAAAAGACGGUGAGAGAUGGAGAGGCGGUGGUGGGCGGGGCCCCUGAAGCCAAACUUCUCUUCCUUGACAAUUUUGCUGGUGCCCAGUCCUGACAUCUGAAUAAACAGGGAAGUGAAUAAGCAGAGGGGUAUUUACGUAAGAAGAACAAAUAACAAUAAUUGUCUAACACAUCACACAUACCACACAGGACCUGGAGAAGGAGCCGAGGGAUGGGUGUCGCUGUGGGGGGGAAGGGGGGAUGUGAGUGUGUCCCCCUUAGAAACAAGAGCCAAUUCCUGCCCCUGCGUGGAAAGAACAUGGUCCUCCUGGAGGGAGGCCAGCAUUUAAUUCCCUUACUACCACAGCGUGCCAGGGAGGGAGGUGCCCUCUGAUAACCAUCGGAGAGGUUUUGCAACCCCAUGUGUGAAGGCUUCGGGCUUCGGGCUGAGGAGCUCCACCUCUUUGGGCUGGCCCUGCACGGCAGCUCCGAGGUGUACCCAGCAUGGGCAGAGGGCUGUCUGGGCCAGAGAUGAAUCCAGCCACGCAAUGAAACCAGGGGGGCGCUCAAAGGACCAGGACACUGCGCACACAUCUGGGGGACCUUCUGCACCUUGUCCUGGGCUUUUGGGGCUGCCUCCUGGCGGAGCUCAAGUCCAGGAAUCAGCUGCCUGAGCCACCCGUGGGUGUCCCAGCUGACCGGGGAGAGACAGCCACAUUCCAGGCUCCAGGCUGUCAGGGAAGCUCGGCAGCAAGUUCCAACAGGAGGGCGGCCAAGCUCGGGCAGGCAAGCACGGAGGCCUCAGGCUGAAGAGAUGGAAGAACAGGUGUUCAAGGGGGACCCAGACACCCCUCAUUCCAUUUCCUUCUCGGGCAGUGGAUUCCUCUCCUUCUACCAGGCCGGGGCCGUGGACGCCCUUCGGGACCUGGCCCCCCGGAUGCUAGAAACAGCGCAUCGCUUUGCUGGGACAUCAGCAGGUGCUGUGAUUGCGGCCCUGGCCAUCUGCGGGAUUGAAAUGGACGAGUACCUCCGAGUCCUCAAUGUAGGUGUGGCCGAGGUGAAGAAAUCCUUCCUGGGGCCCCUGUCCCCAUCCUGCAAGAUGGUGCCGAUGAUGAGGCAGUUUCUGUACCAGGUCCUGCCUGAGGACUCCUACAAGGCCACCACAGGGAAGCUCCACGUGACCCUCACCCGCCUCACAGAUGGGGAGAGUGUCGUGGUUUCAGAGUUCACGUCUAAAGAAGAACUCAUCGAGGCCCUGUACUGCAGCUGCUUUGUCCCUGUGUACUGUGGCCUCAUCCCCCCAACUUACCGUGGCGUGCGGUACAUCGACGGGGGCUUCACGGGCAUGCAGCCCUGCUCCUUCUGGACCGACUCCAUCACCAUCUCUACCUUCAGCGGCCAGCAGGACAUCUGCCCCCGGGACUGCCCCGCCAUCUUCCAAGACUUCCGCAUAUUCAAUUGCUCCUUCCAGUUCUCCCUGGAAAACAUCGCCAGGAUGACGUACGCCCUGUUCCCUCCGGACCUGGUGGUCCUGCAUGAUUACUACUACCGAGGGUACGAAGAUGUCGUUUUAUACCUGAGGCGGCUGAAUGCUGCUCACCUUAAUUCUCCCUCCAAGAGAGUGAUUUUCCCCCGGGUUGAAGUCUACUGCCAGAUAGAGCUCGCCCUGGGCAAUGAGUGCCCUGAACACAGUCAACCAAGCCUUCAAACAGAGCAGGCCAGUCUGGAAGAAUCUGUACAACUUCACACACCAGGGGCUCCCAAAGAGGAGAGAAGGGGUCACCACGGUCCACCUGUGUCCCCAUCUGUGCAGACACCUGAGUCUACAUGGGAGUGGGCUGUGGAGUCACCUGAUUCUCCACCUGUCUCUUCAUUUGAGCAGUCACCUGUAUCGCCACUUCCCUCUUCACCAUCACGUCCUCCAACUGACGUGCCACCUAUAUCCCUCCCAGCUGUGCACUCGCCACCCAGCUCAACACCUGGGCCGUCACCCGUAUCACCACAGCAGCAGAUACAACCGUCGGGAUCACCACCCAGAUCCCCACCCUCCCAGUCAUCUGUGUCACCCAGGCCAUCCCUGGGGCCUUCAGGUGUGGGGGCGCCUCAAACAUUGCCCCCAUGUUCUCCUUCGGCAUCACCUGCACAGCUACCUGUGGAGGAACUGGGCCCAGAACAGCCCCAAGCUCUCCCUGCUUCUUCAAAUCCAGACAGCACCGUGCCUCUGGUCAGUGCGAAGGAAACCACCAGCGAGCCUUAUGCAGUGGAGAGUCCUGCUGAAGACUUCAAUUGGGUGAGCAAGAUAUUCAAGAAGAACAAACAAAAGACGAGUGGCACCAGAAAGGGCUUCCCAAGACAUCCCCGAUCCGAGAAAGCAGGCAGCAAAGCGCAGUGAGCACGACUAACGUUUCUUAAAUUGCACGGGGAGGAGCAGCUCCAGGAGCAGUCCGCAGGAGGAUUACAAGGGGUAGAAGGGGCAUCAGUGAGGAGGGCACUAGGAGCUGGGCCUUGGGGUCGGACACACGCAAGGUCAAAUCCCCGCCCUGCCUCCGUCUCACUCAGUGACCAUGCGUAGGACACGUGCUCUCUCUGAGCCUCUAUUUCCUGACCUGUAAGAUAGGGACAAUAGCAACUCAUCGGGUUGUUGUGAGGGUUUAGUGAGGUCAUAUGGAAAUGGCGUCACAGAGUGCAAGGUGUGUACUAGCACUCAAUAAUUUGUAGACAUUAUGGUUAUAUCACUCACAGGGCUCACCUCAAUACCUCUCAGCCUCCGAAUAGAACUGUACUUAAAACCCAAACUAGAAAGGUGGAUGCCCACAUAACCCUCAACACGGAGAGCUCAAACUGUUGCCAACCUACAGCGAAAAGCCCUAACAAUGUAGGCCUGCUUCUUGGAGCUUUUGGACUCUAUUAUAUUGUCGUUGACUUAAUGAGCCCAGCUUCAUCGAGCACCUGCUAAGUGCCAAGCCCUCUUCUUGGUUCUGGGGAUUUCAAGGAUAAAUUAAACUCCAUCGCCAACUUUCAAUCCCAAUUUCAUCCCAAGUUUCAAACCCAAAUUGAACUUCAGACCAAAGAUAGGAGUAAAACCUACGAAUUUGCUGAACUGUGAGCCCCAGAUAAACCAAGUCUUAAUUUUUUUACUAAACCACAACAUAGUUUUUAAAGGUAUCUGUAUAUAUAUAUAUGUGUGUAUAUAUAUGUAUAUAUAUGUAUGUAUACGUGUAUAUGUAUGUGUACACAUAUGUGUGUAUAUACACAUAUACACAUGUGUAUAUGUGUAUGUAUACACCCACCUGCAAAUUAAAAAUGCCAGCCUCAGACACAAACCAAGCCAGGUGUUAUCUAUCAUUAUUUCACUGGACUAUCAAACUAUUCUCUAAAUGGAACAGUCUCACACUGCUAUUUAAGUUCCUUUAAGCCUUUCUUGGUCAGAAAAAUCCCUAAAUCAUUCUAAGCAACAUCCUUCCGGGUUACCUCUGUUCCAGGUGGGGGCCCCUGGGUAGCACAGGGAUGUGUCAGGUAGACCAGGGUCACCCUGGCAGCCACAGGGCCACUUCAAAGGCUGGACAAGUAGGUCUUUGGUGGGUGGUAUGAAGCAACAUGGGGGAGAGGAGAUUCCCAGAGCUGCUACAGGAAAUGGGACAGACCCACAUGUGAUUUGCUGGAUUAAAGGAUGGGCAGGGAGGGUGCAGGACCCAGGAGGCAGUUGGCGGUCCCUGGGGGUCAGGGGAUCAGUGCAGCCUGGGACUAGUCUCACUCUGUUCCUUGCCUCCAACCCCAAGACUUCCCUGACCUCUGAGUGUUCGUCUCUCUGCCCUAGGAGCUCAGGGUCGAGUCUGAUGAUGAGAAUGUAGGCCGGUCUGCCACGGGCGUGAGGAAGCCUCCGUGGGGCUGGGCGUGCCAUCCCGGAGCUGGGCGCAGACUCGGGUCCCUUCGUUCCAGGGCCAGGCCUCUCCCCAUACAUUGAGCAGCGGGAACUACGCAUUUCAGCUGGGGCUACUUGGUCGAUAAACUUUUAGGAAUCAAGGUGCUUUAUAAAGAAGCAGGAUGUGACAAAAACAAAACAACCUUCGGAAGCCAUGGGAAACGCUGUUGUCAGUGGGUCACACAGCCUGCUCUGGCAGGUGGUGUCUGCGGCCCUCCUUUAUAGAACGGGUUAGGAAACUGCCUGGGGGCAAUUUACCAACUAAUGACCUUAAGCAAUCCCAUGCAGACUGACUGCUUUGAGCUUCAAAGACUAGGGAGGGGGUAGAAAAGAGAAGCUCAAAAACGAUAGGCUUAGAGGAGGAGGGGUGAUCCAGGAAGACGGGAAAUAGGCUCCUUUCCUCCCAAACUACAGUCACGAGAGACACCGUCACAUCCAUGGGCUCGCCCUCUGCAAACUCCUGGUCCCCAGCUGACAUCCCUCCCAACAAAGAGGGGAAACAACCCCCUCCCCACCCCAAGAUCUCAGUGGCUUACGAAACGAAACGAGCUUUUGCUUUUCUCUCCCACAGGUCUGUGUCUGGCUGGGUUGGCUCUGCAUAGGCUACAGGGUGGGGCCAAAUC